AUGACGUACGGAUUGGGCAUCGAGCACGACUGGGGUGGUAGCGAUGGAGUUGAGGGAGAUAUUGACGUUCCGAUCCCGCUCAGCAAGGGUGUUGCCUACCGCUUCCCCUUCUCCGGAAAGAUCUAUUACGACCGCGACAAUCUCACCAUCACUUACGGCCACAACAUUAACCAAAUCGACCCGUUCAAUUCGUUGUUUGACUAUCAGAAACACAGAGAUCCCCGGAUCGCAAUUCCGAGAGAUCUGCCCUGGAAGCCGAACGUGCCGACGAGGGCGAAGAGACAGGUCCAAGUCGAGAUCAUCAACAACGAGUCGAACUCGGUGCCGGUUCAUCCCGAAACCGCGGCGAAGGGCCAGAUCGACGCCAUCGUACGCCACCUGCAAGAUCCGCCACCAAAUGUCGAAGCUCAUCCCAGAGUCAAGCCCUUGGCUGUCGCUCCACCCGGGCCAGCGCCGAUACCUUUACCACCAGACACGAGUACCAAUGUUCAGCCGUUUUAUCCUAUAGGAAGAGAUACCUCUGCUGACACUCGAAUAUUCCAAAACAGCCCGCUGAUCGAGGACGGAAGAUUUGAUCUACCACCACUUAUUGCAGGCCCGCCACCAAAUCCUGAAGAGGUGCUUCGAAAGCUCAACCCGCAGAUAUUCCUGAAGGACCAUGAAGCGAACAACCAAGAAAUCGUACGUCAGCUGAUGGCAAUAAAUCAGCAACCUGUUCAGCCAAUUUUGGACCCAUAUUUGAAGCUGAGGGUGGAGAGGCCGAAUUUGUUGCAACAGGUCCUGGAGCGUCAAGUACAACAAAACGCGCUUCUCGAAGAGGAAAUCAACCAACAACUCCGCCAGCUCAACCUCGGCCCCUUGAAUCUAAACGCUGUCCCGGCUACCACAUUACUUCAACUGUGGAAAAAUUUGAAUAUCACAAGCGGAACUUGGCAAAAUUUGUCAACAAGUGCGGACCAUAAAAGUCAUUAUUUCCGCUCGACAACGACACGGAACGUGAUGCUGCGCCAUUCGCUUCUCGUCCUCGCCUUCAUCGCCGUGGCCGCUUCCCUGGAAUGCUACACGCACACCGGCGACGUCGAGCAGAAAACGAGGGCCAUGUGCAGCCUAGACCACCCGCGGUGCUAUGUGCUCGUGAACAAUACUUCGGGCCAGGCGGAGCGCGCGUGUUACACGGAGGAGGACUGCGCGGCCCGCGAAAAGCAGGGCCGCGGCCAGUGCUGCGCAACGAGCCUGUGCAACUUGGUCCCGAUCGUUCAGCAUGAGGCACCGGCUCCCACCUCGGUCAUCAACAAGCUCAGCCCCGUCAUCGUGUUCAUCUACCUGGCCACCGUCUCCCUAAUCGGCGCCAUGAUUUUCAUUGCG